AUGUGUCCUGCUGACCACGGAGACGACAAUGAUAUUCUGGACCCAUCAUAUCCCGGCGAGGAUACCAGGCCUACCUCCACACGAGAACUCCUAGGCUUCUACACUUACUCUUUUGCCGCAGAGGUCUUCGUAGUAUGCGGCUUGGGAGCCUUCAUUCCUAUCACGCUAGAGGACCUGGCCCGAGCGAGUCCGAGCGCGGUACUGGCGAGCGAUCAUUCGAAAUCAUGCAAACCCCAUGGAAUCGAAGGACCUUCUCCCAUCUGGUACACUUCUGGAGGGGAUACAAGUCACCGCAAAGGUGCGCAAUGUGUCUUCCGUGUGCUUGGUCUUGAGGUCAACACGGCAUCAUUCGCCAUGUACACCUUCUCCAUCAGCGUUCUGAUUCAGGCUUUGGUUGUCGUUACUAUGUCUGGAGCGGCGGACCAUGGCAAGUUCCGGAAAUCGCUUAUGAUUGGAUUCGCUGUUGUGGGUGCUGCCGCCACGAUGUCAUUCUUGCCGGUCACACCAAAAGUCUACCUGCUUGGUAGUCUAUGGGCCAUCAUUGGAAACGUCUGCUUUGGGGCCAGCUUUGUUUUGUUAAACUCUUUUUUGCCCUUGCUGGUGCGAUGGCAUCCAGAUGUCAGACAACAAGGGCGCAAUACCGAUGAUCAGGAAUACGAUGAGCAAAUUGACCAAGAUAGCCCACCGACAGCUCGUCAACAAGCCGAUGAAACAACACCGCUUGUUGCUACCGACGGCGAGACGUCGCCUUAUCCUCCUUCACACGCAGCUCCGUCUAUCGAGAUGCAGCUUUCGACGAAGAUCUCAUCCUACGGAGUAGGUAUAGGGUACCUCGCCUCUGUCAUCGUUCAAAUAUUUUCAGUGUUCCUAUUACAAUCGACAGGCGGCAGUCUCUUCUCGCUGCGGCUAGUUCUUUUCAUGAUCGGAGGCUGGUGGCUGGCAUUCACAGUUCCGGCAGCAUUUCUACUUCGAUCUCGCCCAGGACCUCCGUUAUCCACCACCAAAAACCGCACGUGGAUCGGCUACCUCACCUACUCGUGGAAGAACCUUGGCAAGACAGUGCUUCGGGCACGCCGUCUGAAAGAUGUCAUGCUCUUCCUCGCAGCAUGGUUCAUGAUCAGCGAUGCGAUUGCUACAGUCUCGGGCACGGCAAUUCUCUUCGCCAAAACCACCCUUGGCAUGGGAUCCUCCGCUUUGGCUCUCAUCAACGUCAUCGUUACCAUCUCUGGCAUCGUGGGAGCGCUCACCUGGUCCAAAAUUUCUCGAGCAAUGCGAUGGAAACCUUCUCAGACGAUCUUGACAUGCAUCUGCAUCUUUGAGCUCAUCCCCCUCUACGGUCUGAUCGGCUACAUCCCUGCCGUCCAGCGUUCGGGCUCAUUUGGUCUGCAAAAUCCCUGGGAGAUGUACCCCCUAGGCGCAGUCUACGGCCUCGUCCUCGGUGGUCUCAGCUCCUAUUGCAGAAGUCUCUUCGGCGAGCUCAUCCCUCCCGGUAGCGAGGCGGCUUUCUAUGCGCUCUACGCCAUCACCGACAAAGGGAGCAGUGUGUUCGGCCCAGCUAUCGUCGGUGCUAUCACUGAUGCCACUGGAGAUAUACGACCUGCAUUCUGGUUUCUUGCCGUGUUGAUUGGCCUGCCAAUACCAUUGAUGUUUGCAGUGGACGUCGAGAGAGGGAAGCGCGAGGGCGCUAAGUUGGCGACGGAGACGGCGCCGCAGGAUCUUGAUUUGGAUGUACCGGAGGAGGAUGGCCGUGACGCUGGGGCGUAUGAGCAGAGAGUGCACUGGUGUCCUUGA